CUCUCGUCUGUUCGCAAGUCGCCUGGGCUGUGAAAUCUGGCAACCUGUCCCCCAAGAGUCGCUCUGCUUUGGGAUGGACUUCCAUCAAGCUGGGGACUAAGAAGUGAUUCCCCUCAGCUGAUGUAGCUGCUUGAGGGAGCGGGCUCAUUUAUUUUUCUGUGCGCCAUUCGGGUGAACACAGCGCCAAUAAGCAGCAGCGCUGCGUAAAGUCUUGAGUGGACCACAGUCGAUGUUCGGAAAGGUCCUGAGAGAGCGAGGACUUUUCUAUAUAAUGAUCGGAUGAAAACACGCUUAGUUAGUAACGCCGAAAAGUUGAAGGAAAGUUGAAGCAAACAGAAACGUCGCGGGUGUCCGGGUGGAUCCACGCGUUAUGCGUCAACGUUACUUCUUUUCUUUUGCCACGAGAUCAUUUUGCCACUGUUAGAGCAAAAAAGACACCAUAGAAAAGGCUUUCAGCUCUCAACGAGAAUCCAUCAAGCAAAUGCUGUAAAUAACUUGUUGAACAAUCAGCUCGUCCCGGGAGCGCAAUUAAAUGAUGCUGUCAGUGGCAAACACCACAAUUGACGGGCGAUCAAGAUCAGAAUCUGCUGACAUAUGAGAAGUGUUGCUCCUCUUUGAACAUCACAUCUGACCGAUUGUUGACCUUUUCAUCAGUGAUCAGCACUGUUGAGAAAGCUGACUUGUUGGCACAUCUCAUCAGCCAGUCAGAUGUGCUGCCAAUCAAAGCCAGAAUAACGACGUGGACGCUAAUAGUUGCCUGAAUCUGCUCACACACGAGUUCAAGAUGCUUCCACUGUUCCGAAAUGCUUCAUCGCACCAUUCAGGCCCUCAAGUGAUUUAGAGCCUUCCCUGUGGCACAGCAAAGAGGCAGUUGCAGCUUUAAAGACAAAAAACUUAGAAGAGGAAUUCUAAAAAAGCCACAAAGAAAAAGAUCAGCAAUGUUUUGGCCUAUAUUACUCACCCUGCAGGCUGUGUGCACCAGUGUGACACAUGCUAUGCAACAUUACCCUGCAGCCUGGGGACACUAUGACGUGUGCAAGUCCCAGAUCUAUACAGAGGAGGGCCUGGCAUGGGACUACAUGGCCUGUCAGCCAGAAGCCACCGACAUGACAAAGUACCUGCGAGUGGCCCUCGACCCCCCAAACAUCACGUGUGGAGAUCCGCCUGAGACGUACUGCGCUUUGGAGAAUCCUUACAUGUGCAACAACGAAUGCGAUGCUGCAACUGAGGAACUGGCUCAUCCUCCUGAGUUGAUGUUUGACUUUGAAGGUCGAAAUCCCACAACGUUCUGGCAAUCGACAUCUUGGAAGAAAUACCCAAAGCCUCUGCAAGUCAACAUUACGCUGUCCUGGAACAAGACAAUUGAGCUAACUGAUGACAUCGUUAUCACCUUUGAGUCAGGCCGGCCGGAGCAGAUGGUCCUGGAGAAGUCGCUCGACUACGGUCGCACUUGGACCCCUUACCAGUUCUACGCCACUGAUUGCCUGGAUGCUUUCACCAUGGAACCCAAGACAGUGAACGACCUGUCCCAGCGCACCCUGCUGGACAUCAUUUGUACUGAGGAAUACUCUCGAGGCUAUGUGUGGAAGAACGACAAGACCGUACGUUUUGAGAUAAAGGACCGCUUCGCUCUAUUUGCUGGACCUCGGCUACACAACAUGGCUUCACUAUACGGUCAGCUGGAUACCACUAAGAACCUGAGAGAUUUCUUCACAAUCACAGAUCUGAGGAUAAGACUACUAAAGCCAGCUACUGGAGCCACCAUGGUGGAUGAGAACAAUUUAUCCAGAUACUUCUACGCAAUAUCUGACAUCAAGGUACAGGGCAGGUGCAAGUGCAACCUGCAUGCCAACAGCUGUGUGUUUGACAAGGGGAAGCUGGGCUGUGAGUGUGAACACAACACAACAGGGCCCGACUGUAGCCGCUGCAAGAGGCACUACCAUGGAAGAGCCUGGAGUGUGGGCUCCUACCUCCCCAUACCCAAAGGAACCGCAAAUAUAUGCAUUCCCAACAAUCAUGGACCAGUGCAUCGAGCAAAUGCUUCAUCUCUCGGUGUUGCAAAUCGUAACCAAGCUCGGGUGUGUGACAAUGCGAUGCUACGCUGUCAGAACGGCGGCACAUGCCACCACCACCAACGGUGUCACUGUGCCCCCGGCUUCACGGGUGUCCUGUGUGAGAGAGCUAGAUGCCAGGGUCCCGGAAAGUGUGAUGACCAGCUAUCUGGACGGGCAGCACUCCAUCAUCACCCCAUAAAGCAUCGGCUGUUCUUUCCCCUUGUAAUGAUCCUGCUUUCAGUUGUUUCUCUUUGCUGAGAGGCUUGAACCAAAAUCCUCCAAAUAAAACCCUAAGACCACAAAUGCUGAGAACGAACUCUCAAUCUUAUGAACACUGAAAAAAAACAAAAAAAAAACAAAGAAUGUGUGGACAAUGUGCUCAGUAUAAGCAACGUUUUUUUGUAUGGCCAAGACCAAGUCGGUGGGAGAAGAAGAAAGUAGUGCAGCAGGUUUAAUGACAAAAAGAAUUCUGGAAAGCACAGUGGAAAAAAGACACUGUUUUGUAACCUCACGUGAAAAGACUGUCGGUGCCCUCGCUUUGUGAAAAUGUCUUUCUCUAGUACCCCAUCAUAGAGAGAAGAUUCUCUGCUCAGACAACGCAAGUCGGUUUCUGGUGACAAACUGUACAAAAACAAGACACAAGAUUCCUAGGUAUCAUCUAAAGUAUUAUGAGAAAAUAUAGUGAAGCAAGAUCUCUUAAAAAGGUAGUUUGGAUAUUUUUUAAGUUAUUUACAGUUAUUUUAAGUAGUAGUACCCUAACCUGUCACUGUUGAAGGCUAAAAGUUAACCAGACAGAAAACUAAGGCAGUGAAUGACAGCCUGAGAAAAAAAUCUAAAUUAUUGCUCAAACUCUUGUCUAGUUUCAUGUUUUUACCCAGACUGGUGAGAUGAUGAUGAUCAGGCAAUCUGAAAUUGUAGACAGCCACUUAAUUUUUUCGGUAGUACCACAAACAUUGUUCUGCUAGUGAUACUAAACAUCUGAAAUCGGGUCACAUUUGCUAACAAUAUUAAAACCCAGACAUCCUGUUUGUUUGAUGCAAUUAUUCACAAAUGAUACCAGUAUGAGUCACAAUUUUAUUCCAGAAUUAUAAGUGUUAUUAACUGGAGUUGUUUUGAUGAAAAAAAGAAAAAGCCAAAAUGGAUGGCCAUGCUAACUAUCUGUUAGCCUUUCAUUGGUCUAAGUAGUUCUUCACUUUUCUGACAACAAUAGUGGUGACAUGACAAUCUGACUACUGCAAGAACAGAAGCUUUUACUGGUAAUGUCUUCACAUUGACUCACCCAAAAAAAAAAAAAAAAUCUAAACUAUCACUUUAUGACGUCUUGCUUCACUGCCUCCCAUUUUCAUACUUACAUUUCUCCCCACCCAGAACCUUCAGGCCCCCAGCCCUUCCUGUGCUUUAGUGACCCUAGUGAUUUUACUUUGCUGCUGCAGGGUGUCUGUUGUUUUGCCGAAAGCUGCACAUGUAUUACUACCAAUCCCUCCCUACAAUUUCCAGUUUAGUAUCUUUUUGUUUUCAAAAGCCUUGUAGUAUUGCUUGAGCUCACCUAUAUCCGAAAAAAGUUGUAAAAUACUGUAAGUGUAUUUAAUUUUCUAUAAAACAGAUAUUUUCAUGAUUAUGCAAAACAAACAAAAAAAAAGAUGUAUUACUUGUUUUCUACUGCUGCUGACCUGUCCUUCAGUAGAGGUGGGCUAAGAGUGACUAAGGAAAUUGGUUGUGUUGAAGCUAUUAUUAUUAUUAUUAUUAUUAUUAUUAUUAUUAUUAUUUUUGAUGUUGUUGCUUGUGGGACACAUGGCUCUCGUUGCCUGAGCUGCUGUCAGAAUAUGUUUACAUACACGCCCACAAAAUACACUUCCACCAAAGCGCAAAAGAAAAAACAUGUUUUUGUAUUGUUGUUGAAAAGCAGUAAUUUUAUUAGGCAGAAAUUUGACUUUUGAGACAAAAUAUGAACAAGAAAAUUGUUUACUGUCCACUGAUAAAUGCAGACAAAUUACAAAUACUGAAUGCCAUUUUAAAAGCUUUUCGUUUUGAUCAUUGACUAUUCCACGAAGCAUCAGUUGCUGAUGAAAAGCGGGCUCCUCUGUAACACAUCCCUGUUGUGCUUAUGAAGGAAUCUUGGAUUGAAAUCCCGUCAAUUUCAUAUAAAUUUAACAAGAGGAGAAAAGAAGAUUGUGUGACCGUUGCAGAGGUUGUCCAGCUCAAAUCUGUAAUCAGAUCUAAUCCUCGAAUCAAAUGAGAAUAAGGGAAGUUUUUUUCCUGCGCUCCUGCAGAUGAAAGCCAUGCAUCCUGCUGCGGGAGCCGCCGCAAAGCCGUGCUCUCAGGAAAUGAGCUCUAAUUCGUGGAGGGUCAAUGAAUAGAAAUGAAGUUGCGUCCCACGGGGUGACAUAUUGAGAACCGAGACCAAUUUUAUUCGAGGGAUUAAUUUUACUCCUGAGGUUGUCAUGAAACGCCUAAUUGUGCUAGAGUUUAAUGUAAGUGCCUCUCAUUAAACGUCACUGUCUCUGAUAGAAAGCAGUAGCCUUUUUGUGAAUGAGACUCUGGAGAUUAGGAAAUUCUGUUUGUCAUGGAUUAAUCCACUGUAUAAAACCACUUACAAAGGGAUGGAUGUUAUUUUUUAAGAAAAUAUUACAUUUUUUUUUUUGGAAGAGUUAACCAAGUGCUGGUCAUGCACAUACAUCUACAAAGGAUAACACAAGUAAUAAAUAUGUGUUUGUCAUUUUAUUUAAAAAAAUAAAUAAAUGCUCAACAUCUA